AUGAGCUCUCUCAAACUCAUCAGAGUCAGUUCUAUCGAGGAGCUUGAUCAACUCAUCGAUCUCGCAUGCGAGAUAUGGAUCGACGAUCCCAUCUUUUCAUGCGUCGUCCCUGGCCGUCGAGAGCGACCUGAUCAAUAUCGACAAGUUUGGCAACUUCUUCUUCGAGGUGAAUAUUCAUCACCUGGCGCUGUUGUCAUGGUUGCUUGUGACGGCUCGAGUAGCGAUAUUGUCGAUGCUGUAGGAUUUGCUGUUUGGCAUCGUCACGGUUCAAGCGACACGGCUAGGAGCUGGCAAGGCGAUACUCUCAAUAAGAAGCUUAUCAGGCUCGGGCUAUUGCUUCAGUGGAUGUACCACUUUGCUCUUGGCCGGUCACCCGAAGCGGUCUCGACCAGCCAUGCCAAAGAAAUCAUGACCGAGACUCGCAACGCUGAGCGGCUCUACCCGGAUGAGCGAUGGCGUCUUGCCUUCAUCAGCGUGUCUCCGAAUCAUCAACGGAGAGGCAUUGGCCGGAAGCUGGUUCAAUGGGGCCUUGACCGCAGCGAGGAGGAGGGUGUUGCCGCGGUGCUUGAGGCCAGUGAUGCGGGCAAGGGUUUGUAUGAGAAGAUGGGAUUUGUAGAGGUAGGGAGGAUGCCGUUUGAUGAAGGAAAAAAAGAAGAGCCUGUCAUGAUUCGGGAGACGCGUGAGUCUAAGAAGGUGGUCUAA